UCCUACCAGAAGAUGCAGGCGAAGAAGCUGACUCUGCUGCAGACGGUGGCCGCUGCAGGAGUUUUCUCGGCCGUCUCCUGCUGGUACGGCUUCAUGUUUGGUAGGGAGUCUGCCCGGCGUGAGCUUGGUGGCAUCAUUGACGACCUCCGCAGCAGCUCCACGAUGCCCUCUGCUGCGUCCCCCGACCCCAACACUCCCUCCAAACCCUAGUGUGAUCCUCCUCUACAGUGUCAAGAACAAGAAUGGUCAUCAUAAAUGAUGAGGUGAGGUAUUAGAAGAGUUUCCCAAGUAGUGACAUUGUCAGAUUCUGGUAA